GUGACAGUCCGUGGCUGGUAGUGACGAAGCGCAGACGCUGCACUAGUGGACUCGCCGCCGCGCGCUCAGUCUAGAGUCCCGACUCCCGCCGGAAAAACUAACACAAACUUUUUGCUUCCGCAACCUCAAUCGAAUCUCAAAUUCAAAUUUGGAACUUUUUAUUCUUUUGUUGCGCUCGCGUCUUCAACGGAUUGUUUGGUUCGUGUGUAUGCGAUGUGUGAAUGAAUUUCAGUGACCUGUGAUUUUUAAGGUACCCUUCAAUCAGAGCUGUCCAUCACAGACCAAAAUGGAUGAAGACGGUGUAACAUGAAGACAAAAAUGAUCCCUUUGCUCCUAGCCAGUAGCAGUUGCCAAAUACAAAACAGACUCGUUACUGUCAUAGUACAAUCAACUCCGAGGGAACUUACAAUCAGUUGUUCGCUGUUCAGUGCUAAACUAUUACCAUGAAUCAAAUGUUUGUUUGAGAAAAGUUUUUUUGUGAGUGAACUACGUGAGUGAUAUAAUCGAAAUGAUGUACCGGACUUUGCUGUUGCAUUUUGCUAUCGUAUUCCUCGCUGCUUGCGCACGCGCGUCGCUGCUGAACGAGCUCGCCAGUAAUGAAGUUGGGCGACCGGACCCCAAUCCCGCUUCAAAGACACCCUCCACGUCGAAUGUGACUCGUGUGGCGUACGCGUGGAGCGCGUGGGGCGCGUGGAGCGCGUGCUCGCGCACGUGCGGCGGCGGCGUGGCCGUGCAGGAGCGACAGUGCCUGCCCAGCGACCCUACUAGGUGGCGCCGCAGCAGAAAGAGAAGGAAGCUGUACAUUGGCAAAGACAGAGCGAGACGACGCAUCCGGGACAUCCGGGGAGCAGCUACUGACGACCAAGACUGCCCCGGGCUGGCCAAGCGCUACCACGAGUGCAAUACCGCGCCAUGUAAAGGAGCGUCUAAAGAAGCCCGCGCGGAGCAGUGCGCGGCGUACGACCGACGCCCCUUCCGCGGCCGCUUCUACACCUGGGUGCCCUAUGUGGACGGAAACUCCCCCUGCAUCCUGAACUGCAGGCCUCGCGGGCAGCAGUUCUACGCGUCCCUGGGGCUGGUGGAAGACGGGACGCCGUGCACCAAGCCAGGGUUCCGAGCCAUCUGCGUGCAGGGAGCGUGCAAGGUGGUGGGUCUCUCGGAAGUGGCGGGCGCGAGCGCGGGCGAGGCGCGCUGCGGGCGGCGGCUGGUGUCGGGGCUGUUCUCCCGGCCGCGGCUGCCGCUCGGCUACUCCCUCGUGGCCACGGUGCCGCGCGGCGCCUGCCGGCUCAACGUCUCCGAGAUCCUGCCCACUGACAACUACAUCGCUCUGAAGCUGAUGAAUGGUUCGUACAUAAUGAAUGGAGAGUUUGCGGUCAGCGCCCCUGGAAGCUAUGAAGCGGCCGGAGCAAGAUUUAUCUACUCCCGCAACGCUAAUGUCGACAAUGUAUUCGCCCGAGGACCCAUUCAGCACCCCAUCGACAUUAUGAUCUUAUACACCGAGCCGAACCCAAGCAUUAAAUACGAAUACCUGACAGAUGCCAGUCCAGAAGAGACGACCAACGACAUCCCGGGGUCCAAGCAGGCGCCGCAGCAGGACGCGCCGCACCCGAGACACCACCGACAUCACAACCCCGCUUCCUACAAGAAAGCCUUGGAAAACAAGGAGAUGGUGGAAAGCAACGUCAUCGGAGACAGGAAGUUUAUGUGGAAAAUCCUCGCUUUCACGACCUGUUCUAGAACGUGUGGCGGUGGUUUACAGAUAGGGAAGUUCAGGUGUGUGGAGGCCGUCGGUGGUGAGGACCGGGAGGUAUCCGCGGCUCACUGCAGCGGGGCCCCGCCGCCGUCGCGCCGGCGCCGCUGCGGCGUGACGCCCUGCGCGCCGCGGUGGCGGGCGGCGCCCUGGGGGCCCUGCCCGGUCUGCGGCCCCGCGCACAGAACCAGGAUCGUGGGCUGCGUGCAGGACCACACUAAAGGACUCACUAAGAUAAGUGACCAAAACUGCCCUCUACCGAUGCCACCGAAUUCCGAACCUUGCGACAUUCCGAACUGCGACGGGACGGCGUCCACGACAGAAGCGCCACGGGUCGACCAGCGCCGCCAGAUACGACCAGGUCCAAGAACUGACGCCUUCCACGGAGGGCCGGUCAUAUCGCUGUCACCUAACGCUUCGGAUAAUGAAGUGGGGGCGCCCUACGAGCCCCGCUACAAGGCUGACAGUCAGGGCGCUGGGUGGUUGUACACCGAAUGGUCUUCGUGCGUUGGCUGGUGCGUGGGAGGUGGGAUCCAGUCGAGGGGCACGCGGUGCGCGGACCCCGCCGGCUGCGCCGUCCGCCAAGCCAUGCGGUCCUCGCAGACGUGCCGGCCGAAGAUCACGUGCAAUGCCCACGAAGGACAGUGGUUUACUGGGGAGUGGUCGAAGUGUUCGGCUGGGUGCGGCGGCCAGCAGAUCCGGGGCGUGCUCUGCAUCGGAGGCACCGGGCGGCGGCUCCGGGACACGGCCUGCAAGAGCCCCAAGCCCGACAUCACCAGGCCCUGCGGGGAGGCCUGCGCGCCCACCUGGUAUCUCAGCGAGUGGGGCGAGUGCAAAGGUCCGUGCGAGGCCGGCGUGCAGACGCGCACAGUGUGGUGCGCGCGCGACGGGGCAGAGGGCGCCACCGGCGCGCUGCGAGACAACGAGUGCCGCGAGCAUCGCCCCCUGGCGAGGCGGACCUGCGUGCCCAAGCGGUGCUCGACCAAGCCCGCCGUGCAGUUCGCGCCGGCUGGGGCCGAGCCGCAGCCACGAGUGACACGGCAUGAGAUGCACAAACCACAAGACGUUCCUCUCAGUGAGAGAUCAUUCACCGACGGAACAAAGGUGUGUGAGGACAAACUGAACAACUGCCAUCUAGCGGUGCAGGCGAGACUCUGUCACUACCACUACUACACGGAGUACUGCUGCCGCUCCUGCCACGGACGGUAGACGACAUUCUUUGGUAGCGUUGCUGCAGUAUAAAGAAACGCAUAGGCAUUUUGAGAUCAAAAUGUUAUAUGGCACGAACUUUCAGUGAGAAAUGAAGUGAAGUAGUUAAUGGAAAUAAUUUGUUAUAGACAACAACACACACUGCCACUGCCAGUGUGGUGUUUUGGUGGAAAUAAAUAAACAAUUACAAACCAUUGCCCUAGUAAAAUUUUGGCAUUUAUUGUGAAGUUAACAACUAAGGUUGAAUUUAUAUGUAAAAAAAUUCUCUUGCAUGGUUUGGUUGGUUGUUAAUUUCCAGCAGUACCUAUAAGUAUUAGCGUUAGUUACGUGAUCUCCAGUGUAAAACCGAAAAUGGGGUGGAUCUGUGACGGUUCAAUUACGAAUCUGAUUUUAUGAGCAAACUGCAUUUUCAAGUAACCAUUUUCUCUAUAUAAUUAUGAAUAAGAAAUAUAUGAGACAAGAAUACUACUCUGUGUAAAAAGUAUCGGGACUUUAUCAAUAAAACACAAAAUGUUUGUUAUUCAUCCAAAUUUAUUUUAAUACCUUCAAAGUAUGCUCUUUUAGAAUCGAUACAUACCUAUAUGCCAACAAAUUAACCAAUCAUCACAAUUUUUUUUUAUACGCUGUUUCCAUAGUUGUGUUUAGUAGUCGCGGCGAUUUUUCCUUUUCGUCUUCCAUCGAUUGUUAGUCUAAGUCAUGUUGACUGUUUUCUUUGACUAUCGUGGUGUUGUGCACUCGGAAUUCUUGCCAGAAAGUCAAACGGUAGGAAAAUAAUAUUAUUUGCGGGUUAUGUGGAAUUUAAUACUGCAAAUUUGACAAAGAAGAUCAGAUUUGUGGAAAAAAAAUCUAGAAAGAUUUUCACCGCGAUAAUGCGCCUUCGCACAAGGAUCAUCAUUGUGAAUGAAUUUUUGCGCAAAAACUCAACACAUACCAUCGAGCAUCCACCAUAUUAACCAGGUAUCACGGCUCUAGCUUCUUUUUUUCCAAAACUCAAAUUACCACUUCGAGGCACUGUUUUCAAUCGAUAGAAGACAAAAUCGGAAAAUGUAAGGAAAAUUUGCCGUGAGUACUAAACACAAC